AUGUCAACAGAGUUCAACGAUUCUAAGAAGCAACCCUUUAUUAGGAGUUGGAGUCGUAUGUCACCUGAUGAUCAAAGGGAUGCAGUAGUACUCAAUGAACAGUAUCAGACAAUCAAACAAGAUAAGCCCAAGAUAGACUUCUUUGUUGUGGCUCAAGAGUUGCUGACUUUUGAGUUUGAACGCAUGGAGAAGUUGAUCAAACUUAUCUCUGUACCAAGGUUCUAUAAUAAUACUGUUGGAGCUAUUAAGGUAUUGCGUGGAGUCCUGUGCUGUACCAAAUCCUUUUGUCAACAGUAUAUAAAGUUCAAGGAUAUCUACUGCAGGGAUGUUGGCGACAUUGAUAUUGUAGCCUUUGCCUGGGAGCUUGAAGCCAUCCAAGCAACCAUGUGUCUACUGUACGACGAUAUCAGUGGCCAUGUCAACAACUUGGUACUGGAAGUCGACCGCACCAAAGUCAACCUGGCGGACAAAGUCGACAAGAUGAAGAAGCAGGAACAUUCUGGUGCGGCGUCGUUAGUGGGCGGCGUCGUCACAAUGCUUGGAGGCCUCGCACUGUCCUCGCUCACUGGCGGAACGAGUGUGAGAUUCGCCGUACCAACAACGAUAGGCGCAAUCUUCUCGGGCACGACCAAUUUAGUCGAGUCGGCGCUGGAGCAAAGAGACAUCAAGAUGCUCUAUGACGGCCUGGAAGAAAGCAUCGAGCAGUCAUUCAUGUACAAAGAGCGACUGACCAAGUUCAAGUAUGACAUUGGGCUCAAGGAGCAGUUCAUGUGCGCGCUGAGCAGCGUCGAGCAGAAUGGCUACAGGUGCUGCAUAUGCUUUGGCGGGCUGGUCGACCCCCACUUCACAAUGGACGGUCAGACUGCCACCUACUACUGCUACGACUGUCUCUACGGCUGGCUGGAGAUGAACAAGACCAAUCCAAGGACGCGUCAGCCAAUGACCAUGGAGGACGUGUACAAAUGCAAGCCCAAUCUGGUUGAGAAGAUCAAGCAGUACAAAGUGAUCAAGAAGAACAUGAAGGUGUCCGAUUGUUGGAAUGGCAAUGAUCUUGAGAAGGGAUGGGCACUCCAACCA